AUGACGAAAGCAGUCUCACUUCAUCCUUCUCGCUCUUUAUUAGAGCUAACAAAAGUUCAAAUAUCUUCUUCAUUAUUUCAAGGAACUACUUUUAUUUCAUCUUCUAAAAGGCAUUUAUUAAUAAGAUACUUCACAUCUAGAACUUUACAAGAAUCAAUAAAUACUAAAAAAAUGUCAAAAAAGCGUACCGAUGAAGAAUGGCAAGCAGUACUAACUAGUGAGCAAUUUAAAAUUAUAAGACAAAAAGGAACUGAAUUGCCAAAUACUGGAGAAUAUAAUAAGUUUAAGGGAAAAGGUGUAUAUAAUUGUGCAGCCUGUAAUACACCACUUUAUAUUUCUGACACAAAAUUUGAUUCUGGAUGUGGUUGGCCUGCUUUCUUUGAGGCUAUUCCUGGUGCUGUUAAUCGUCAUGAAGAUCGAUCCCUCGGAAUGAACAGAAUUGAAAUUACUUGUGCAGCUUGUGAUGGUCAUUUAGGUCAUGGUGAGGGUUGGAAGCAUACACCAGCUGAUGAAAGGCAUUGUGUUAAUAGUGUUAGUCUUAAAUUUUCUUCUGAAGAGGAAGAAAAAAAAGAUUAA